AUGUCUUCGAAUGAGUCCUACGUGAUCAUUGCCACCAACCAGAACUCACAGAGCUUCGGCUCUGGCCGCAUCGAUCUCAAGAACAUCGGUGAAGCUGAGGCGCGCAAACUUAUGUCGGCCGAGCACAGGGCUCUGGGCUAUCGCCCGCCCCCAGGCUCUCUCGCUGCGACGGCACAAGCAGAAGCAGCGAUGCACCCUCAGGCGACCGUCGGACUGCCAGAACAGGUAUUAGUUGAAGCCGCAGUAGAAGAUGCAAUCCGUCUUGAGGAACAGCGGACUGCUGGGAUCGACCUCAAUCAAGUCGGCGAAGCCGAAGCUCGGAAGCUGAUGUCCGAGGAGCAUCGAGCACUUGGCUACCGUCCGCCUUCAGGCUCGCUGGCCGCCCAGGCACAGGGGGCCGCAGCGAAGCAUCCAGAUGCGACCGUUCGGACUGAUCCACAUGACCUUCAGCGGGCUGCGGUGGAAGAUGCUGCCCAGAUAGCGAAGGAUAAGAAGGGUGGUGUCGAUCUGAACAAUAUUGGCGAAGCCGAGGCUCGCAAACUCUUCUCAGAAGAACACAAAGCCCUUGGAUACCGUCCUCCUCCUGGAUCCCUCGCAGCGGAGGCACAAUCGGCUGCCACUAAGCACCCAGAUGGCAGUAACGGUCGUGAUGCCGCUACUCUCACCAAGGCUGCGGUGGAUGACGCAAGAGCCGUAGAAACGCGUAGUCAAGCAGGGGAGCCUCCGGUUUCACCACUAGUCAGCAGUGCGCUCAACUUCCGGCCAACAAAUGGUGCUCUUGCAGUGGAGGCGCAAAGCUUCGUGGACACUUACAUGGGCGGACCCAAUACGAAGGGGGUAGCAUUGGGGAUCCAGUACUAG